AACUCGUUCAUCUUAUUCCUUGCACACAAAUCCAAUAACCACAGCAGCAUCGUCACAACAGCUACCCCUCCUUUUGCAGCGCCAAUCAUGGGAAGCCGCGAUAAGCGCUCACACCAAACCCGGGCGCACAUAGAUAUAUGUGCUACAUUGGGCAGCCGACAGCCAGCCACUGUCCCUUUUUCCACAUCCCUUCUUUUCCGCUUUCCCUUACUUUCAUAUUUCCUUCCCAUUUCCAUUUCGUUGCCAAUUUUACCCUUUUCCCAUUUUCUUUCAAUAUCCUUUCAAUAUCCUUCCAAAAUCAUUUUCCACGCCUACCCGCUAUCCCGCCAAAAGCAUUGCACCAGCAUGGCCAUGUACACUUACCGGCAGCUCGAUACAACCCAAUCCUCCAUCCGGACCAUGCGCCUCGCGCGCGCUAAGGACGAGUCGGAGCCAAUAUGGUGCGAUCUUGACAUGACGGUGCUCAGCGAAGACGAAGAACGCGGCGGGCCGGGCGUGUCGUACGAGGCGCUGUCCUACACCUGGGGCGACGCAUCGACGCCGCAGCACAUCCUGGUCAACGGCGGCGUGCUGCCUGUCACGGCGAACCUCCACCGCGCCCUGGUGCACCUGCGGCUGCCGACGAGCGACCGCGUGCUCUGGGUCGACGCCGUCUGCAUCGACCAGGGGAGCCCGCACGAGCGAACGCAUCAGGUCGGCCAGAUGCAGCGCAUCUACGGCCAGGCGGAGCGAGUGCUAAUCUGGCUGGGGCCGGCUACUAUUGAGAGCUGCCUGGCCAUGCCAUACCUGCUACAGGUCGACCAGGCAGUGUUGCGGUCGGGCCGUCGGCUGGAUACGCCCGACGCAUGGAGGGAUGAGUUCGAGCGCGGCAGGCAGGGCGACACCACCGCCGCCGUCGUGCACCACAUGCUGCCCGCCCUGUUCGAGAGCCCGUGGUUCCGGCGCAUCUGGGUCAUCCAGGAGGCCGCGAGCGCAAAGGCCGCGCUGGUCAUGUACGGCCACGACGCCGUGCCGGCCCGCACCUUUGCUAUGCUGUCGACGCUGCCGUCGAUCCGCAUUCCCGAGGGCGCGAGGGCGGCGCUUGAAGUCAUGCCGAGCCUGCUCAAAAGGCUCGAGACGUCGUGGUGGCAUGGCGGUCGGGACCUGCUGGCACUGCUCUGCAAGUUCCGAAAUUACGAGGCCACAGAUCCGCGGGACAAGGUGUAUGCACUGCUCGGCAUCUCCGAGGGUGAGCCUCAGAUUAAGCCCGAUUACGAGGUGACUGAGGGAACCGUCAGAUGGCAGGUCAACCGGCUUUUCAUCGGGCGGCUAUUCCCCGACUGGUCUAUUCUAGAUUGGGACGAGAUCAACCAGAUGGGCGGCUUCGUUUGCCACCUCUCCGGUUCCAUCGACCAGAUCGCUACGUCUUUUUUCCUUUGGCGUCUCCGAAAUAUACCACCCAGACGUGUUGCAGCCCUCCUCAAGGGGAUGCCGGGUCCCGACGUCUACGCCAAGUUUGAGGGAUUAAAACCUUUAAACGUUGCCAACGCCAAGAUGAUCAAGGCAUUAGCGGCCCGCAAAGACGCCGAUAUCUGGAGCGUCGGCACCGACGGGCUGCGCCCGCUGCAAGCCGCCACUCUCGACGACCAGAGCAUGGACAAGAUAGGGUUUGAGGCCGCGGCUGAGGCCUUUACAACGCACAACGGGAUCUGGGAGAACAAAGUCGCCAUGGAGCUGAUUGCUGAUGAGUUUCCAGAACUGCUUGAGGGCAUCAAGGAGCGCCGAGCGAGGAUGGGCAGCGACUCGCUGUGGGAGGAGAUCAACAACAGCGAACGGGAAGACGAGCUGAUAAUGUUUUCACUCACACUGCUGGGGCUGGCAGCCUAUAAGGGGUUCGCGGCCAUGGUCAAGGUGUUGCUAGCGAACGGGGCGGACGUGAACCCAGCGGCCAAUGGGGAAAAUUUCAUGUCCCCGCUGUUCGCGGCGGUGGCGGCGGGCCAUGUCGACGUCGUGGUGGUUUUACUGGAUGCCGGUGCUAAUCCUAAUCCGGACAACGAUGGUGAUACUUGUUGUUUGCAGGCAGCGAAUAUGAAAGGCGAUAAGGAUAUAAUACGUCUGCUUGAUGAAAGGCGAGAAAGGUAUAAUACGCUUGCUUUAUAAAAAGGGCGAUUUGAAAGGGUAAUAGGAAUAGGAAUAUGAAUACUAGUGUGAAUAAAAACAAACAAAACAAGUAGUAUUGAGGGAAAAGCUUGGGGCAUUAAUAAAUUUAGUUUCUAAA